AUGGCCUUGCGACAAUCAUUAUCACGAUGGGCCGCUUGGAUGGUCCUGCUGUGCCUGGGUGUCGCCCACGCCCACACCGUGAUCACCUACCCCGGCUACAGAGGGAAUAACCUACUUACCAACGGCUCCAUCGCAGCAGCGGAUGGGCUAGGUGUCGCCUACGACUCGAAGAACGGAUCACUCGUUUACCCCUACGGCAUGGAGUGGAUUUACCCAUGCGGUGGCAUGCCGACAUCGACGAACCGCACCUACUGGCCCGUCGGCGGUGGUGCCCUCUCUAUGCAGCCCGGCUGGUUCCCGGGCCACGAGACAGCCCUGAUCUACGUCAACCUCGGAUUCGGUGAGGUUCCCGAGAAUAUGAGCCACCCAGUGGUGUCGCCCUUCCAGAUCACCGGUCCCUCGAACAACCCAUACCCAGGAACCUUCUGCCUGCCCCAGGUGCCUCUCCCCGCCAACAUUAGCGUCAGUCCCGGAGACCUGGCCACUAUCCAGGUCGUGGAGAUCGCAAAGCACGGCGCGGCGUUGUACAACUGCGUCGACAUUAUUUUCGCUGCGAACGGAGACUCCAAGAUCGCCGAGGUCAACACCGACAACUGCUUUAACUCCAGCGACAUCAGUUUCCAGUACAUGUACACAACAUCAGGCAUCGGGUCCGGCGCAGCCAUGCUAAAGGCCCCCCAGCACACGUUGCUUGUGGUAGUACCACUCUUGCUGGCGGCUGCCUUUAUGUAG